GAAGCUAAGCUUCGCUGGUGAAGCGGCUCAUCAGGUCUGUUAGGAAACCUGAGACUUGGAGUGAGAAUCCCAGUGUGGAAAAUCAGGAAAGAGGUUGGUAUGAGCGACAGAGAAGUCAUUCAAGAAAGAUGUUAUUGAAUUCAUUGGAGAAUGAAUGCUGUUCUGAAUUUGUUUACCUCAACAAAUAGCUUAUACCUCCAAUCCUGUCUUGGCGUGCUCUGCUCAGAAGACACAAGACACACCAGGAGUGAUGUGAGGAAACAGAUAGUAAAUAUAAGGCUUUGCAACUGGGUUACUCAGGCCCUCCCUGACAAGGAGGAGCCCAUCUUGAGUGUCCCAGGAGACCUGGACCUUGUGGACAUCCUGCAGAAUGGCAUAUUGAUCCAUUACAAUGAUGACAUCAUGCUGACUGGGCAAGAUGACAAGAGGUUGCUAUACACCAGAGGGCUUGGGAAGACACAUGCCCUGCAGAAGAAAAACCUGCUCCUGAUUACAAGGAUAUGUCAAUUGCAGGGAGGCAGAGGAAGAAAUACAACAUGAUGUCUAUUGAACACAACUUUGGAGUAAGACCUUGGGACCCAACCCCUGUUUGCUUCAUAUACAAGCUUUGAGACGUGAUGAGUUUGCCUCGAUUCUCUAAGCCUCAGUUUCCUCAUCUGUUGUUGUGAGGGAAAUAAUGCAUGGAAAGCUCUUAACACAAUGGCUGGCACACAGUGAAAGUGCAAGACGUUAACUAUUAUCAUUAGAGUUUUCAAUUGGAAUGAAUAGGAGACUUAAAUUUGCAUGAUUGUACUUUUACAGUAAGCCAUUAAUGAUGCAUUCAUUUAGUUUUCUACUCCCAAAGAACAUAGAUUUGAUUAAUUAUAACAAGAAUUUAAAAAUAUUUCCAUUAUUCAGAAAUAACCUACAGAGUCUAAGCCUGUCCUUUCCUUCCUCCCUUUUUCCCUAUCUUUUUUUUUUUUUGAAAGAAAUAGCAAUUAUGUAGUCAGAUUCACUGGCUCUUUCUUCUUCUCCCUGGUAACAGGCUAAGUCUUAACCUUGAUUAGGCAGCAUUGCAUCUGAUCUAAGUUCUCCGCAGCUUUCAGCCCAGCCCCUGCUUCCCCAGGCUUCAGAGCACAGCUCUGCACCACCCUCUCUACCCCUGCUUAGCAUCAGAACAUUGCCAAAGCUAAGCAUCUAUAAAAUGUUUCUUUUGAAUAGUUGUCUACCUACUUGGAUAUUUUUUUCCUUCUUCCAGAGGCAAAAACUGGACCACUUAAUCUAUGCUGUAGGACAGUCUUGCCCCUCAGAAAAUACUUGAGCAUAUUAAGUUGUUAUGAAAUGGAUCUGAGAAGCAGAGUUCUGAACCAUGCCCAUGAAUUUCGCAGCCUCAUCACACUGGCAUUCUUUCAUAGCCCCGAAAUACUUUCCACUUGCCCUUCCUAUGAAUGCAAGUAAAGCAAAGCCUCUUGACAAAGCAAAUUAAGAGUAAUCAAUGGUUUGGGUUUUUUUUUAAAUUAUUAUUUCCUGUGACUCAAAUCAAACCUAUUUCUCAACUGUAAUGUAAGAAAAGAGAGAGAUGAAGUUGACAUUUAGGAAAAUUGAACAUUAAUAAGUAAAUUGCCUUCACUCAGUCUCUUAAGUUCUCUCUCCUUUCCCUCUAAACCACCACACCCCGUGGCCCUGCUCUCUCUCACACACACAGCUGAAGGUAUCUUUAAAGGGUACCUAUUUCCUGCAGAUCAUGCUUAUGUUAAUCUCACUUCAAGUACAGAUGCACUGAGGACGUUACAGGGUCAGUCAUUCUUAUCCACAAAGCUUUAGAUUCCACUACAUUAUUCAAACUGGACAAUGGACUUCCCCAUUUUGUGCCCAGACCUGCUCACUAAUAGAGUGACCUCCUUGUUAUGGGUGAGGAUAUAUUUGAUGCUAAAACUGCUACAAAUUUUUAUCAGCAUUUAAUCUUGAGACUGUGAAUUACUACAUCCUGCAUGUGUUGGUACCUUACUUUGAUUAAAAAUGGGAUAAAUC